AUGGUUGUUAAUGUCGAUUUAGCUAAUGCAAGAAAAUCUGUUUCUUUUCCUGUAGAGGAAUUGACUCAUUUUAUAAAUGAAGGACCUGAAAAAACGGUUCGUCGUCGAUGGCUUCGCUCCUUAGUUGAUCCCAAAAAUGAACCAAUAUUUUCAAAUGUUGAUCGACCAUUCCUCUCAAGAGAUCAAUACUAUAUUCUAGUAGUAAAAAGAUUCAAAAGAAUGUUGCAAUUAAAAAAAUUAUAUAAUCUUCAAAAAGAUGAUUGGGUUUAUUUGAUUACUUCGACAAACGAAACGAGCAUUUGUGCUCUGCAUGAUCUUUUUUUUAUUCCAACCUUGGAAAGACAAAUGUCUGAAGAACAAAGUUCUAAAUGGCUUCCUUUGGCCAAGAACUAUUCAAUUCUUGGAUGUUAUCUUCAAACCGAAUUGGGUCAUGGUUCUAACGUCAGAAAAUUGGAGACAACAGCUAUUUACAUCCAUGAAACAGAUGAAUUUGAAAUCCAUUCACCAACGUUGACCUCAAUAAAAUGGUGGCCUGGUGCACUUGCGCGGACAAGCUCCCAUGGUAUAGUGUUUGCGCGUCUAAUCAUUGACAAAAAAGAUUAUGGCAUUCAUUCAUUUGUUGUGCAACUACGUGGUGAAAGACAUGAGCCCAUGCCAGGUAUUGAAAUUGGAGAUAUUGGACCAAAAUAUGGAUAUAAUUAUAAUGACAAUGGAUUUUUAAGAUUCACUCGAGUUCGUAUUCCACGUGAAAACAUGUUGAUGCGUUUUUCAAAAGUUUCCCAAAGUGGUCACUACUCUACGCCUCCUCAUGCAAACAUCAUAUAUGAUACAUUGGUAUCAAAUCGGAUACGUCUUAUAGAAUUCUCUACGUUAGUUUUAUCAAAAGUUUUAACUAUUGUAAUUAGAUAUUCGUUAGUAAGAAAACAGGGAGACAAAUAUAAAGAUUUAAACAACGAAAAUUUGAUCUUGGAUUAUCAAUACCAGCAAUAUAGACUGUUUUCUAGCUUAGCGCUUUUGUAUGUUUCGUUUUUUAAUAAAACAUACACACAAAAGUUGUAUGAAAAUAAUAUAAAAAAUAUUGGAAAACCGGAUGUUAGCUUAAUGGCAGAGAUUCAUGCUACUACUACGGUAUCUCUAUGCUCGGAUUUGGUCGUUGAAGCUGUAGAAGAUGCAAGGCAAAGUUGUGGAGGUGAAAAUACAAUUAUGCACUUGCAAACGGGACGUUACCUUUUAAAAUCUUUCCUAAUUGCAAAAAAGGGUUCCCCGAUAGGCGGUCGGCUAAUUCACCUUUCUUUUUACUCUAAAAUACUUAUGGAAAAAUGUGCCGCUGAAACAUUAGAAGAUCUUUUAGAUGCUGAAACUCAACUUUGUGCAUUUCGUCACAUGUAUCUACGACUUUUAUCUGAUCUUGAUUCGAGUAUUGAAAUAUCUGCAAGAACACAUCCACAUGGUUAUGAUGGUUCUAAAGCAGAUCAUAUGAUUGAUAUGGUUCAUUUAUCUCGUUCAUAUUGCCAUUAUAUAACUUUAAUUAAUUCGCAUGAAGGAUUGCAAUCAGUAAAAAAAGAACAACCAGCAAUAUAUUCAAUUAUUCGUGCUUUAAUAGAUCUUUACUUUAUAAAUGCAGUCUUAAACCAAUCUGGAGAUUUUCUUAUAGAUGGAUAUUACACACCACACCAUAUUUCACUUUUAAAGCAAGGACAAAAAAAACUAUUAACCAUUAUUAGACCUGAAGCUAUAGGUUUGGUUGAUGCUUGGGAGUUUAGUGAUAAUGAUUUAAAUAGCGCAUUAGGGAGAGAAGAUGGGAAUGUUUAUAAAGCUUUGUAUGAGUGGGUUAAAAUGGAUCCCAUGAAUAUUUUGGAAAGACAAGGAAAAAUUGUUGGUUAUGAAGAAGGGCUAAAAGAUAUUUACUCUGGAAAAUAUUUAGAGGAAAUUAAAGAAGUUGAAAUAG